UUAACUUUCUCUCCCAAGUCUUUCUAUUUUCUUAGCCAACAAACAGACUCAAGAGAGAAGGGAAUCACGUAGUAUAGCCAACAAAAACCAAAAAGGAUACCUUGAAACCCCAUUUCUCAUCAAAUCCAAGAAGACAACAAAAGAAAACCCGUAUUUUUACACAUCCCAAGAAAACAACCCUAGACCCAAAACCUCACCAAAACCCAUAAACAAGACAAAGAAAACCCAAAGCAAACAAGAACCCGCCACGUCAUCAUCUUCAACCUCGUACAUGUCAGAUCCUUCUUCCCAUUCCCCGCCGCCGGAAUCUCCGGUCACCGUAGACCGCCGCACUGACAAUUCGUGUCUCACCAAAUGGACAGUCCGUUACAACUCAAAACUCAAAACCAAGAAAACCGUUUACAGCCCAUAUUUUGAAGUGGGUGGCUUUGAUUUCCGCCUCUUGUUAUACCCAAGAGGUGAUUCUUUGGCCCCUCCCAGUUACCUUUCUUUAUACAUUCAAAUCAAUGACCCACGCUGCUUUUCCAAAUUUGAUUGCUUUGCUAGCUAUAAACUAAGCAUUUUGAACCAUGAAGACAAGUCAAAGUCUCUGACCAGAGAGUCUUAUUAUAGAUUCUGUAGUAAGAAAAAAACUAUUGGCUGGGGUGACUUUGGAGUUGCUACUUCAGUUUUUGAUCCAAAAUCAGGGUUUCUCAACAAUGGUUCUUUGCUUGUUUCUGUUGAAAUUUCCAUUUUGGAUGAGUCAGUUUCAUUCUCCAGAGAUAAUAAUAAUAACAAUGAGGGGGAAUACUCUAUAUCUUCUUUAGGUUGUGACUCUGUUGUCUUCAACGGGAAAUUUACUUGGAAGGUUAAAAAUUUUAGUUUGUUCAAGGAAAUGAUCAGGACCCAGAAGAUGGUUAGCCCUGGUUUUCAAGUUGGUCAAGUAGUUGUCCAUAUUAAUGUGUAUAAAACCAAGGUUGACGGAGUUGAGUGUUUGUCUUUAUUUUUGGAGGCUAAUGAGGCACACAAGUGUCGUAAAUGUGUAGCCCUUAAUACGAGUAGUUGGUGUUUGUUUCAAAUAUCGGUUUUAAAUCAAAGGCCAGGGCUUAAUCAUAUGCGUAGGGACUCGUAUGGGAGGCUUAGUUGGGAUAAUUCUAAUGGAGAUGAUACAACUCUAGGUUGGACUGAUUAUAUGAAGAUGUUUGAUUUUAUUGGGUCUGAUAAAGGGUUUGUUGUGGAUGAUUCUGUGGUUUUAUCGGUAUCUUUCAAUGCGAUCAAAGAGUCUAAUAUUACUCUAAGUGCUGGUUUAAGGAAUUCUAGUGUAACCAAAAAAGGUGACACAUAUAUGGGAAAGUAUAGCUGGAAGAUUGAAAAUUUCUCGAGGUUGAAGGAUAUUCUGAAGAAGAAGAAGAUGAAAGGAGUGUUUGCUAAGAGCAAAAAGUUUCAGAUUGGGAAUCAUGAAUUUCGCCUGGUUGUUUAUCCUAGAGGGCUAUCUCAGAAACCUUCCCACCUUUCGAUGUUUCUUGAAGUUUCAGAUCCUCGAAAUGCUAACACGGAUUGGAGUUGUUUUGCCAGUUAUCAGCUAGCCAUUACGAACCAGAAGAUGAGAGACAAUUCUAUUGUGAAGGAAUCACAGGAACGUUACUCAAAAGCUACCAAAGAAUUGGGAUGGUCUGAAUUUGUGACUCUUACAAGUCUCUUUGAUAAGGAUUCUGGGUAUCUGGUUCAAGAUACUGUUAUCUUUGGUGCAGAUGUUCUUAUUUUGAAGGAGACCUUCCAAAUGCAGGAUAUCCCAGAGUCAAGCAAUAAACCUGCCCAUAAAGAUGGAGAUAAGAAAAGGUGGUCGAUCACUUGGAAGGUGGAAAACUUCUUAUCCUUCAAGAGAAUAUUGGCAACCCAGAACAUAUAUAGCAAAUGUUUCCAGGUUGAUCAAUUAGAACUUCGAAUGGGGGUACAUGUAUUGUCUGACACCAUAUAUGCUUACUUGGAGUGUGAUCCAUCGGUUGUGAAUGAUCCUGAUAAGGAUUUUUGGGUUAGUUACAGGAUGACUGUGUUAAAUCAAAAGCACCCUGCCAAACGUUUCUGGAAGGAGUCUUCUCUAUGUACAAAGACUUCUACUAAUUGUGAUCUACAGUUAAUGAAACUAUCCAAUAUGCUGGAAGCAGAUGCUGGGUUUGUUAUUGGUGAGAUGGUUACUUUUGUUUGUGAGAUACUUGAUUAUUGCCCAUGGUUCGAUUUCUCAGAACUGGAGGUUCUGGGUGAUGUCACACCAACUAAGCUUCAUAAAAAUACUAGUUCUGAAACUUGUAAAGCAAUGACCGGAUGUAAUGUGGACAUCUCCAGACAGCCUCUUGAAACCGCAAGAGAUCACCUUAAUGUUGAACAUGAUACUUCUCUGAUACUUGUUAUUCUGAAAGAGGAACUUAAAAAGGAUCUUGGCACACUUGCUGGAGUUUUGGUUGGAAUGCGGCUUUACCUUGACAAUCCUGUUAAACUGAACUAUUUUUUUCACCAAUUAUCCAGUAGCAUUGAUACAGGGCAGGUAAAUGUUAACGCAGAUAAAUUUCCAUCCAAGCUAGCUGCUUCAAUCAUGGAUGCUGAUUUCUUGCGUCAGAAAAUUGACAAUGCACUUUUAGAUGUAAUGGUUGAGUGUUGCCAGAGAUUAAAUAGUAAAUCUGAGGAGAUCUUAGCAUUUAUUUUUAAUUCACUGAAGGAUCUAGAUGAUGAUGUUACGCAAGAUCCCUCAGAGCCAAGCCAAAGGUGUCAAUUUGUGGAGAAGAUUUUAAUAUUACUUGAUGAAGCUCCUAAGCAUCUGCUACCAGAUCUAGUUUCUUUGUUGCCCAAGUUAGCAUAUUGGUUUGAGCAUAAAGUUGUUGCCUCUGCUCUUCUGGAUCAGCUCCAAAAGCCAUGUGCAGAAUCUUCAAUGCGACUACCUGUUCUUGAGGCCAUGUGUAAAUUGCACUUUGGCACUGGUGUUUGGGAAUGUGCAUUCUCUGAAGCAGCUGAAAUUGUGGGUGAUUUAAAUGGUGAAGCACUUGGAGCUGCCAUCUGCUUAUUAUUUAAAGCUGCAUCUCAGUGCCAGCAAAUCCCUCAAGCAGUAAGUAUCAUUCGUCGAAGGUUAGAGAGUCUGGGAACUAAGGUUUCACUUUAUGUGCUGGAUAUUCUUGGAAAAACUUUGAAUAGUUCUGGUGACCUUGCAGUAACUAUGUUACGAGAAAUCGAUUCUGUCUUUUCACUCGAUCAAAAACACUUGACACAUUGUAGUAGUCCCUCAUCAACUGGUGAAAAUGGACUUGCAACCAGGAGUUUGCAUGCAGGAGAUCACCAUUUUUCCGAUAUCUUUAUGUUGUUAGAGAUGCUGGCCAUGCCCGCCAUUGCUAUGGAAACUACCCAGGCUUUUGAGAAAGGUAUUGCAAAUGGAUUUAUCAUGGAUCAUUCAGUGGAAAUGGUGUUGGAAAAAUGUGCUUCAAUAUUAAGCGUCAAUGUAGUUUCUUCUGAAAAACAUCAGUUUGGAGACACUGAGACGGCAGGAAAAGGAAGGAUGGAUUUUUUGUACCCAGAAGUUUUUACAUUGCUUUCUGGUCUUGCGGAUAAAUUGUUCCUUUCUAGACACUCUCAAGUGCAUGGGUUUCUGAGAAAGUUUUAUUCAUUAAUAUUGACACUGUUUGCGGAUGAAAAUUAUCAAAAGAAGGCGUUGAGAAGAUUGGUUGAUCAUGUCACAAGUGCUGCUAAUAAUUGCUGUGAAACUAGCCUGGAUGUAUUGGUUUUCUUGGUUCACAAGGAGUGUAAGGUUGCCAGACUAGUUCUAAACAUGAUCAGAGAUGAUUUUCAACUUGCCAGUUCUGACCGUUCUGCACUUCGGGGCCAAUUAUGUGCUAGAGAGGGUGAAAAUAUCCGUGCUGAGGAAGAAUUGCGAACUGAACUUUCAAAGAUGAGAAUAGAGAAAGUAACUUUGUUAGAAAGGCUGCAUGAGUCUGAGGCUACAAUUCUUCAUUAUAAGUCUGAAAUGAGGCUUGAAAUGGAUCGUUCUGCUCAGGAAAAGAAGGAACUUUCUGAACAGGUACAAGCAGUUGAUUGUCAGUUUCAACAUAUUUGCUCCGAACAGAAUGAUAAAUUAGUGAAGCUCUCCAACGAGAAAAAGGUUUAUCAAGAUCUUCUUCGUGGCCUGGAGAUGCAGCUUUCUCAGUUGAAGACCCAAAAAGAUCGAGAAUUGAAGAAAGUAGUUAAAGAGAAAAAUGUUCUUGCUGAAAGGCUAAGGAAUGCAGAAGCUGAGAGGAAAAGAUUUGAUGAAGAACGGAGAAGAUGCGCUUUGCAGGUUGCAGCUCAAGAAGCGGUACAACAGUCACUUUUAGAUGAAGUGCAGCAGUUGAAACAGAGUCUUGGGCAGAUUAAAAGAGAGAAGCAAGAGAAGGAAGAGGAGGUUGAACACUGUAAGACAUACAAAGAUGAGCUGAAAGUGGCGUUGAAUACUUGUCAGCAAUAUAUCCAGUCCCUUCGGGCUUCACUUCAGGAGGAGAUGCUACGACAUGCUCCUCUCUAUGGAUAUGGCCUGGAAAAUCUGUCAAUGAAGGAACUAGAGACAUUAUCAGGCAUCCAUGAAGAUGGCCUAAGAGAGAUCCGUGCCAUCCAACAUCGUGUAAGAAGUAACAGUGGAAGCCUUCCCCCUUCAAUGACUGCAGAUACCCUUCGAAAUUUUGACGGUGAUGGACCCUCCAGCCCCACCUCCUGUUGCUUCAGUCAAGGUAUUUUGCAAUCUUAGAAGCACAAAGAGGGAGGCAGAACGCAUAUAGUCGGAAAUUUACAGACCAAUGUUUCAAUUUAUGUACAUAUAUUAACAGUAACAGCAUUGAAAGUUGUCGACUUCAGAGGUGAUAUUGAAUUAUUAAUUUAAACACAAUUGUGUGAUAG